AUAUGACUGAGCUAUGCUUGCUCCUACGUGGCAGGGAGAACUGUAUACCUGCACCUCAAGUCCCCCUGUCCAACCUCUUCCACUUUUCAUCUGUGGAAAGAAAAUACCAAUGCAGGCUUUGCAAUGAAUGAAGUACUCUUUGCCCACACUGGCAGUCCAGACGUGAUCUUUGUGGCCUUGGAAAACAGCAGGCACCAACCUCUUUGUAGCGAUAAUUCAUUUAACUGAACAAACAAAAGAGAGGAGCACCAAGAUGAUGAACAUCUGAAAGACCAGCCUAUUCAGUCAGGAGUCCUCCAACUGGAAGAUGAAGCCUCUCUUGGAUUUUUCCCAAGAGAAUCCAAACCCCUUUACUUAUCCUUACAACCCACCUGCAUGCCUCCACCCACUGCUAAGUGGGUGUCCCUUCAGUUACUUGCUUGUCAAACUAUAAUGCUUAUGGCUGUUUGCUGCAGAAAUAUAAUGAUAAAAAUCUUUUUUUGGGAGGAAGGUGGGUUUUUUUAAUUAUUAUUUCAUUCUCUAACAUAAACAAACUACAUCUGUAUCACUACUCCAGUUUUCAGGCAGGUAUUUUUUCUGCAAGCUUUGUAAUAUAAGGGAGUUUCUUUGUCUAGCAUAGACACUUGCAUAGAUGCUGUUAUAUACUAUGAAAAAAACCCAACCCCUUAAUCUGCAGAAAGGUGGCGAUUUGGAGAAGCAGAGACUUUUCAUCUCAAGUUAACUGCAAAUCCUGCAUGAUAUUUGACUGGUUGGCUAGUGGAUAACAUAAGGGGCAUUUGGCAGUGUCAGGAAGGUGUGUGUUUUGUGUUCCUUAGUCUGUGCACAGAAGCAGAGCCCGUUUGGUAAAGGAAAGGCUCACACUGAUUUUGCUGCCUUUCAGGUAAGGCCCAGAAUGAGCAUCAGCUGCCUGACUGCUAGACCCACGGAGGGACUUCAGCCAUUGCAGUACUGAGCUUGGAGUUUAUCAGCUCUUAGACCCUGUGAAACCUGGGGGAAUUCACACCCGUGUUGGGAAGCUCUGGCUCCCCGCACGAUGCACUGUGUACUCCUUCCACGUCUAUAUUGAAAUGUCUAUUCUAGCAAGGGGACUGGAACACAACCAUUUAUUUGUUCUAUUUUUUCACACAAACUACCUGAGUUAGAUCUUUUAGUGGUGAGACAAGCUUGACAGUAUGUCCCCUGCAUUUUGUAACAGUGUUGUUCUUGCAAAAUUAUAACUGUGAAUAUAAGACAAAUGCUUAUAACAGUAAUAAGCCUCCCAUUUCAAUAACAGUCUUUUGUUUUUAUCUCUUUUGGAGUACUAUUGCAAUAUGAACUUAUUGUCAGUGAUUAUUAGCAACAGCAGAGAAGACAAAAAAGAAAUGUGUUUGGAAAGAAGCAUGCCUAGUGCUUAAUAUUAUAAAAAGCUCAUAAUGAAUUUUAGAUCAGGAACACUGUUCCGUUAGAAAGACAAAAGAAGACCACUAGAUGGUGGUAAAACCCCAAGCCUUUGCUAACAAAAUCUGUGAAAAGAGAAGUUCAGCGGGGCAAAGGGGAGGAGGAGCUACAGUUUGAGUACUGAAAUGAUUAUUGCUUGGAGUCUAUAAAAAAGCAUUUGCACAGUAAGUAAUUUAUACAUGGUCAGCCUUGACUCUAUGGAUUUACUCAUUCCUUUUUCUCUGUUUUUGUCACCUCUUCCCACCAAGGAAUCCCAAGCCCCAGAUGUCAGGUGAGGAGGGGGCUCUGUGGAGGAAAGGUUGCAGGCGAUGAAGAGCAAGAACAGCUGAAGGAGCAGCUCUGGUAGAUAGGGUCUUUUGCCUUUUGGAAAAUGCAUUUAUCACACUCCUUGGCAAGUCCCUCAGAAAGAACAGAACGUGUUUGCUUCCAUAAAUGAUGAACACGUCCUCUCAACUGUAUGUUUCUGAACCAAACCUGAGUGCCUCUGGUAGCAACUUUACUGUGUCUACUGUCAAGAGCUAGUCAUUGCCUUGUGAGCAAGUGGUCAUUGCAGCUGAGGUGUUCCUAACUCUGGGCAUUUUUAGCAGUGGCUGACAUGCUGGUUAGUGUGUCCAAUGCUUGGGAGACCAUAACGAUAUACUUAAUAAACAAUAGACACAUAAUUAUGAAAGAUACCUUUGUCCGUCAAAUAGACAAUGUCUUUGAUUCAAUGAUCUGCAUAUCUGUGCUGGCUUCCAUGUGCAGUUUGCUGGCUAUAGCAGUAGACAGGUAUAUCACUACCUUCUAUGCCCUACGUUAUCACAACAUCAUGACAGUGAAAAGAUCAGGGCUUAUUAUUGCAUGCAUCUGGACCUUUUGUACGGGCUGUGACAUUAUCUUCAUUCUUUAUUAUGAAUCAACUUACGUGAUCAUUUGUCUCAUCACAAUGUUUUUUACCAUGUUGUUCCUCAUGGUCUCACUAAACAUCCAUAUGUUCCUCCUGGCUUGUACUCAUGUGAAGAAAAUAGCUGUUUUGCCUGGGUACAACUCUGUCCGUCAAAGAACCAGCAUGAAAGGAGCCAUCACUCUGACUAUGCUACUUGGCAUCUUCAUUGUUUGCUGGGCUCCAUUCUUUCUUUCUUUUUUAUUCCUUCCUUUCUUGCUUUCUUUCUCUUUCUUGCCCUCACAUUCUUUCUUCCUUUCUUUCUAUCUUUCUAUACAUUCUUUCUAUCUUUCUCUC